GUUCAGCUGUGUCCGGCUGUGAGCUCUGCGUCAUGCGUCAGGCAGCUCUACCCGCCACGGCGCUCUUUCUUUAUCCUGCUCUAGUACGAAACACAACGUCCCGCUGCUGUUUGGAAGAUGCAGUCGGUCGUGUUGCUUCUGAAUUUGGGCUUUUCUUUGCUUGUGGCUGGAGGAAGCGUCGAGGAUGCCGUGGAGCGUGGACCAGUGAGUCUGAAUGACAUGUUUCGAGAGGUGGAGAUGCUGAUGGAGGACACACAACAGAUGUUGGAGGAGGCUGUAGAUCAGAUAUCUACGGAGAGUGCCAAAUCAUCCCUAUCGUCACUGGCUCUACCCGGUACCUUUCACAACUACUCUUUUACAAACGACAAGGAAAGUAAUAAUGGCACAAGAGAGUCUCACCUUUCACAUGCCCAUGUGGAGAUCUCCAGCCAGUGGAACAAUGUCGAUCAUGAGUGCAUGAUAGAUGAAGACUGUGGCGACACGAGAUACUGCUUCUAUGAGAUUGAAAAGUCCAAGUGUCUGCCAUGCAUCCCGACUGAUAUGCCCUGCACUAAAGAUGAGGAGUGCUGCUCAGAUCAGAUGUGUGUAUGGGGUCAAUGUACAGAGGAUGCGACCAGUGGAACAGAGGGAACCAUCUGUCAGUCCCAGAGUGACUGCAGGCCAGACCUCUGCUGUGCCUUCCAACGAGAGCUGCUGUUCCCUGUGUGCAACCCCAGGCCAGAGAAAGGCGAGUCCUGUGUGAACCACCCCAACCUGUUGAUGGAUCUGCUGUCCUGGGACACGGACGGGCCCCGUGACCACUGCCCGUGUGCUGGAGAGCUCCAGUGCCAACCUCAUGGGCGUGGAUUUCAUUGUGGAGAGUAGCUACAUGUCUUCAAAAAUGGAAGAUGAGAAUGUACCAGGAAGAGGAAGACUUUUUUAAAGUCCUAUUAAACUAUUCAUUUGCUCUAAGGUUGAAUUACUUCACAAUGGUUUGUAUCAAUUUACAGAUGUCACAAAUGGUCCAUGUAGGGUAGUCAGUUACUGUUUGCACUAUGAUUAUUCACCGGAAUACAAUAUAAAGGAUUUUUUUCUCUCAGAAGCCAGAAAGAAAACAACCACAAGUUGAAUCUUGAUUGGACAGGGCUGCAAAAUGCAGUGUUGAACACUAGAUGGCAAAGUUGUGUAUUUUUUUGUGCUUUCCAACCAGUAAAAUAGUCGGAUAACGGUGUAUCCGACUAAACACUAUCUCUUCGGUAGUUCAUUCAAAUUCUGACCAUGCAGUGCCAGCAGUACUUUCCUAUGGCUAAAGGGGGGAAAUGUUAUAUAUUAUAUAAAAUCAAGAAAAUACCGAACAUUUAUUUCGGAAUGUCUUUUGGAAUGUAACUUUUUAUUUUAUUUUAUAUUGUAGGCUACUCUUUAAAUUAAUUGGUCAGACUAUGGUGGCCAUUUUUUCUGUAAAUUCGUAUUAGGCUAUGUUUGGAUACGCCUACAGCACAAAAUAUUCAAUGUAGCCUAUGUAUCAUUGACAAUGUUGGUGUGAUAAGAAAUGGUCCACUUAGGACUAAUAGGCCUACACCGUUUUAUAUUUACUAUUUGGUUAUGUUCGGGUUCUAUGUAUGAUUUUUAAUAAACGCGGACGAAUGGAGUCCUACGUCUUUCUUUAAGUG